CCAAUGCCGGAGGAUGAUGACACGAACAACCGAGUUGUAGGUGGUACCGAUGCUGCUCCCGGUUCGGCUCCUUACCAGGUUUCUCUCCAAGGACUAUUUGGACAUUCGUGCGGUGGUUCCAUCAUUGACCGAGACUGGAUACUUACAGCUGCUCACUGCGUUCAAACGACGAGCCCAAAGUUACUCAAGGUGCUUGUAGGCACCAACAAGCUCAAUUCCGGUGGUCAACGGUACGGUGUGGAAAAGUUUUUCAUCCACAGUCGCUACAGCAUUCCAGCAUUCCACAAUGAUAUCGCACUGGUGAAGCUAAAAUCGACACUGCAGUACAACGAUCUUGUACAGCCAAUUGUUUACUCCGAACGGGAACUUCCGGAAAAUGCCACAUUAAGACUGACUGGCUGGGGACGGCUAUCAGCGAUCGGAUCGAUCCCUAAUAAUCUUCAAACGAUUGAUUUGAAUUACGUGCCGUACGAGGAAUGUAAGCGUCUACACGACAACAGCCCGAAUGUGGACAUUGGACAUGUCUGCACAUUGACGAAGAAGGGAGAGGGUGCAUGUAACGGCGAUUCGGGCGGGCCUCUUGUGUAUGAAGGAAAGCUUGUUGGUGUGGUGAACUUUGGUGUACCGUGCGCCAAGGGCUUUCCGGAUGCGUAUGCCAGAGUGUCAUACUAUCACGAUUGGAUUCGAACAACGAUGGCUAAUAACUCGUAA